GAAAGGAAGCUGUGUGCUCACCCCUACGUGGAGAUCUACAAGGGAGAUAAAAUCAUCUUCAUGUGCCCUCUGUCACGACAAGAUGACUUCUAUGUGCCUGAAAUGAAAGAGCUUAUGCGGAAGGAGAGAGGGGAACCGGCACCGCCGGAGAUUACAGAUUCGGAGCUGGACCCCCUGUUACUGGAAGAGAAGCUGAGCCUGGAAUUGGUCUCGGAGAAUCAGGAGGCGAAAGAGAGCGAACCCAGCCAACAGAAAGACCAGACAGACGGCGAGAAGAGCCCCAGCGAGUCGGGGGCCAGCGCCUCCUCCUUCGAAGAGCUGGACCUGGACGGCCACGCGGCGGCCGCAAAGAGCCAGCCGGACAAUCAGACGGCGUGGAGCAAAAUGCCGGAAACGUGGGACAAGGAGAGUCCCGAGGAAUAAGAGACCGAGGCUCCGCCAACGUCCGUAGACCUUCCUCAGGAAUA